AAAAACCACAGAAGAAGAAGAAAAAGAAGAAGUAUUGGCAGCUUCUUGUCAUUGUUGUUCAGUUUGUGUCUGAUGCAGCAGAUGUCUGUCAGCCGCCGGUAAACCUCAGAAAGACGAUGAAGAGAUGUGUUUGUAGAGGUUCAAUGGCGUGUUAUCUCUUGUUCUUCUUCCUGUGUGCUGUUCACCUGUCCCGGGCUCAGAUCUACUCCGCGCUCUAUGAUGAGAAAACAUCGCGUCUGUUCCUCAGAGAAGGACUCCAGCCCAACUCCGUCGCCGUCGCCAACUUCACCGACGACAUCAAUAACACCGGGUGGGCGUUCCUGGAGGUCAGCACCAGCGGGGGUUAUAAUGACACGCUGCAGGCGUACGCUGCUGGAGUCGUGGAGGCUGCCGUCUCCUCACAGCUCAUCUACAAGCACUGGAUGAACACACUGAUGGGUUACUGCGGCCCGUUCUCUCACGAUGUCAGCUACUGCCAGCGGCUCAAAGACUACAUCACCAGCAACCUGCAGUGGGUCACGCAGCAGAUGGACACACACGCAGACGCCCCGUACUGGCACCAGGUGCGCUUGUCUCUGCUGCAGCUGCGAGGUCUGGAGGACGGAUACAACGGACAGAUCGACUUUCCUUCUGGAAGCUUUUCCAUCAACCCCUUCGGCUUCCUGCUGUUCCAGAUGGGUGGAGACCUGGAGGACCUGGAGGAGGCACUGAACAAGUCCAGCCCGUCCCGCUCCGUGGGCUCUGGCUCCUGCUCGGCUCUCAUCAAGUUCCUCCCGGGUCUGAAGGAUCUGCUGGUGUCCCACGACACCUGGAACAACUACCAGUCCAUGCUGAGGAUCCUGAAGAGAUACAGCUUGACCUACCGCACGGCUCCCGCAGAGAAGGAGAUCAUUCCUGGCAGGAUCCAAGUGUUCUCCUCCUAUCCUGGCACUAUUUUCUCAGGAGAUGACUUUUAUCUGCUCAGCAGUGGUCUGGUGACUCUGGAGACCACCAUAGGCAACAGUAACGCAGCGCUGUGGGGAUUGGUUCAGCCCCGUGGAGCGGUCAUGGAGUGGCUGAGGAACAUCGUGGCCAAUCGCCUCGCUCCCAGCGGUCGAGCCUGGACCGACAUCUUCAGCAAGUACAACAGCGGAACGUACAACAAUCAGUGGAUGGUGGUGGACUACAAGGCCUUCGUCCCGGGACAGGGAUACACUCAACCAGGCCUCUUCACCGUUCUGGAGCAAAUACCUGGGACGAUCGUAACCGCAGACAGAACGGAGGAGCUGUUUCAGACGGGAUACUGGGCCAGCUACAACAUCCCGUACUUCGAGGAGGUGUUCAACGCCAGCGGAGGACCGGAGCUGGUGCAGAAAUACGGCUCCUGGUUCUCCUUCAGAGACAACCCCAGAGCGCAGAUCUUCCGCAGGAACCAGUCUCUGGUGACAGACAUGGAGUCCAUGGUGCGCCUGAUGAGGUAUAAUAACUUCCAGGAGGACCCUCUGUCUCGCUGUGACGGCUGUGACCCCGCUCAGAACGGAGAGAACUCCAUCUCCGCCCGCUCAGACCUGAAUCCUGGGAACGGCUCGUAUCCGUUCGGGGCUCUGAAGCAGCGUCCUCACGGCGGCACGGACAUGAAGGUGACCAGCGCUGGCCUGUUCAGCCAUCUGGAGCUGCUGGCCGUCAGCGGUCCCACCUGGGAUCAGGUGCCCGUCUUCCAGUGGAGCAGCUCGCCCUACAGCUCCCUCCUGCACAUGGGUCACCCGGACCGCUGGGACUUCCAGCCCGUGCACGUCAGGUGGUCCUCCUGAUCCGACCCUCCAGUGUUCAGAGGAGCAGAAGAAUCAAACACGUCCUGACUCUGCUGCUGCUGCUUCAGUGUCUCACACAGGCCUUGCACAUCAAAAUAUGGACAUUGUUUAAUAAUUGUGUGUUCAGACUAGGGCCAUUAUUCUGUUUUCUAAAAUAUACAAUUUUUUUUUUUUUUUUUUUUUAUAAAAUGUAUCAUAAGCAAAGUGUGAAAGCAUACAAACAUAAUUUUAUAUUUUCAUCUGAACACAUCUGUUUAUAAUCCGGUGUCACCAUUGUCCUGUGCUUGUUAAUCAAUCAAUAAGAAUGACUCAUUAGGGAAAAUAUGCCUCAUGUUGAACACUUGCUGCUGUUGAGGGGGAUGUGGGUUAAAGUUAGGGCCAAUGUAAGUGAAUGGUAAUUAAAACAAACAUUCAAACUG